AUGUCUAAUUUCUUCAAUUCUCUCGCCCAACCUUUCAGCUUGUCACCACAUUUAGGCCGUGCUAGCUUGGGUGCGGGAGGUGAGGGUGGCUCUGCUGGCAAGAAUCGGUUUUACGAAGACACCGACGACAACAGGCAUUUUACCGCUGCUCUCCGCCUCGGAAACGAGCAGCAGGACGCUCAAGAAUUCUCUUUGGUUCUCUUCGAUGCUCUGGAUAGAAAUCUGCCAAAACAUCCGCAUGGUAGUGAAAUACGCGAGAGGAUACGUGAACGUUACUCC